CGUCCAAUGACAGCGAAGCUUUUUCACUGCUACAGCGUUUCCAUAACAACAGCUUCUGUCUCGUUGAGAUGACUUCCAGCGCGUUUUUCAAUAUUGUAUUCCUCUCUUCGCCGCUGUCUUUCACAUCUUUAUGUUGCUAGGGAGUUCUAGUUUUGUCCCUUGUUUUCGAAGGUUGCACUUCUGGUGGACGGUGCGUUCGAGCGUUCGAGCUAGCGUUAGCAUGUCAGGCUAAUCUCCGUUAAUCCCAGUUGUGCUUUCCGAGUUAAUGUCGAUCAAGAUGAGCCGUUUCAGUCGAGACUCCUGAAUUAUCUACUCACACGGAACCCAGUUCCAUCUUUCCACUUGUUUUACUCGCCUCAGUUGACGAAGGACGAUGGAGGUUCACCUGAACAGAGUCGACUACAUCCAGGUGGGUGUGACGUCCCAGAAGACCAUGCGUCUUCUCCCUGCUCUGGGGAAGAAAGCCACCCAGAAGGUGGCAGUCGCAGAUCAUGACGGCGUGCUCACCUGUUUUGGGAUGAAGAAGGGAGAAGCCGUGCCGGUGUUCAAGACCCUGCCCGGACAGAAGAUCACCAGGAUGGACCUGGGCGGGGCGGCGGGGACCCCGCAGGAGAAGAUCUUCGUCUGCUCCGGGUCUCAGGUCCGAGGGUUCACCAAGAAAGGAAAGCAGUUCCUCACCUUUGAAGCCAAUCUGACUGAGAGCAUCAACGCCAUGCACGUCUCAGGUGCGGAUCUCUUUGUGUGUGCCAGCUACAUCUACAACCACUACUGCGACUGUAAGGACCAGGACUACUUCCUCUGUGGAGACAAGAUCAACGACAUCACGUGCUUGUCGCUGGACUCGCGUCAGGUUCCAGUGCUGGCCUGCCAAGAUCGGGUCCUGCGGGUCCUGAAGGGAUCUGAGCUCUCGUACAACACCGAGGUCCCGGGCCCACCGUCAGUGUUGGAGCUGUACAACAGAGAUGGGGGAGAAGAAGUUCUCCUUGGAACCACAGACGGGAAAAUCGGACUGAUUCAGAUCGGAGAGAAAGAAGCUACGAUCAAGUGGGAGAUCGAAAACGACAAGAAGAAAGGAGGAGUUCUCUGCAUCGACACGUUUGAUAUCGUGGGAGACGGCGUGAGUGACAUCCUGGUGGGCAGAGACGACGGCUCCGUGGAGGUCUACGGUUUCGACAGCUCCAGCGAACCAACGCUGCGCUUCCAACACGUUCUGUCUGAGAGCGUCACGUCUGUCCAGGGAGGAUGUGUGGGGAAGGAGUCCUAUGACGAAGUGCUGACGGUGACAUACACAGGAUGGGUGACGGGUCUGACCACGGAACCCCAGAAGGCCGAGGCAGGUCCAGGGGAGGAGGUCAAGAUGAGCAAAGAGACUCAGUCCAAAGUGGAAGCUCUGAGAGCGGAGCUGGAGCAGCUGCAGAUCAAAGUUCUGCAGGGCCGGGAACAGUACCAGCAGACGUCCCAGUCCAGCACGGCCGUCUCCUCGGUUCCGGUCUUCAGCAUCAACGACAAGUUCUCGCUCUGCAGAGACGACGCCAGCUACAGCCUGACGCUGGAAGUGCAGACAGCCAUUGACAACCUGCUGCUGCAGAGCGACGUCCCCAUCGACUUGCUGGACGUGGACAAGAACUCGGCCGUGGUCAGCUUCAGCGAGUGCGACUCUGAGGUGAGCCAGCAGACCAACGGAAACUUCCUGCUGGCCACCUACAGGUGUCAGGCCAACACCACCCGGCUGGAGCUCAAGGUCCGGUCCAUUGAGGGGCAGUACGGCACUCUGCAGGCCUACGUGACCCCAAGGCUGCAGCCCAAGACGUGCCAGGUCCGCCAGUACCAGAUCAAGCCUCUGUCUCUCCAUCAGCGGAGCCAUCACGUGGACCCGGACCGACCCAUGAACCGGCUCAGUCUGGUGGGUCAGUUCAGUCUGGCAGAGAUCCACUCCUGGGUGGUCUUCUGUCUGCCCGAGGUCCCUGAGAAGACUCCUGCUGGGGACAGCGUCACCUUCUACUUUCAGAACACCUUCCUGGGCACCCAGCUGGAGGCCACCUACUGCCGAGGUGAAGGUCACUUCAGGUCGGACAACAUCUCCACUAUCUCCAUUCUCAGUGAUGUUCUCUCCAAAGAAGCCACCAAACGAAAGAUCAACCUCAACAUCUCCUAUGACAUCAACGAUGACUCAGUCAGUCACACGCUCAACAUGAUCCACCCCAAACUGGAGUACCAGCUGGUUCUGGCCCGCAAGGUCCAACUGAUUGACGCCCUCAAGGAGCUUCAGGUCCACGAGGGAAACGCAGACUUCCUGGUUCCUGAGUAUCGCAGCAUCCUGGACGAGUCAUCGAGUCUCCUGGACGAGUUCAAGAAGCAGCCGGCUCACCUGGAGAGACUCUACGGGAUGAUCACGGACCUCUACAUCGACAAGUACAAGUUCAAAGGUCAGAACGUGAAGACCAAGGUGUCGUCGCUGCUGGAGAUUCUGGACCAUUACGACCUGAACUCUCUGCUGGACUUCUUCAAUGAGGCGUGAUAUCGCAGCGUCAUCAUAGCAAUGCUUCACACAAGAGACAAGAAACUGCUUUAGGUGUCCUCGACUCACGAGCUCAUGUGACUGCAACUCUCCUUAAACAAGCGUCCCUGUCAUUAAAAACACCAACAAAAAAAAACGAUUUUAGACUCACCGAAGUCUUGAAAGGUGAGCUAAAUAAAUGUUUAAUCAUGUUGUUGUUUUUAGAAACAUUGUUGAACUGCUAAUGGAAGAAGUAUAGAAGAUAAACACUAAAACUGGAAAUGAAAAUGGAUAUUUGGUGCAUUUCUGUAAGAGUUUAAAGUCUGUGUGUUAAUCCCGUCACCCUUAUUGUGAGAGGGUCCACAUCAGAUUUACUUUUCAUUGCGAUGUUUCAAUAAAAAACGCAAAUUUUCCCGAUAGCGUCCCACCCACCACGUGUUUAUCACUAAUAAA